AUGCUUUCAUACUUCUCGUUGCUCAUUUAUAUACUAACUUCGUCCUUCAUUUUCACUACUCAUUCAUAUAAUAACAAAUGUCUUCGUCACCAGGAAAUCUUGCUGCUCCAACUAAAGGAUGAGUUGAUCUUCUAUUCAUCUCGCUCAACAAAACUGGCGCGAUGGAAUGAAAGUGACGAGUGCUGCAAGUGGCACGGUGUGGCAUGUGAUGCUUCUGGCUACGUCGUUAGUUUGCAGCUUGAUGGCGAGGCCAUUUACGGUGGAGUUGGGGAUUCGUCGAGUCUCUUCAGAUUUAAAUAUGUGCAGAAGCUUAAUCUCGCCAACAAUGACUUCAACUACAUUGAUUGCAUUCCAAAAGGUAUUGGCAAUCUGGCCUAUUUGACACACUUGAAUUUGUCAAAUGCCGGUUUUGUUGGACAGGUUCCUUCUGAAAUUUUGUCCUUGACGAGAUUGGCUAGUCUCGAUAUCUCCAAUAAGUUUGGCAAUACUCUUAGCCUUAACCUUCCAAAUUUGGAGAUGCUUGUCCGAAAUCUAGUAGAGCUUAGAGAGCUCUAUCUUGAUCGUGUCAAUAUCACUUCCUCUACUGAAAGAAAAAACUGGAGCCACAUUGUAUCAUCGUAUUUACCAAACCUUACCUCUUUGAGCAUGGUUGAUUGUAAUCUACUUGGCCCUUUGGCGAAGUCGUUUACACAACUUCAUUCCCUUUCUAUUCUUCGACUACAUCAUAACAACCUUUCAGCGGUCGCACUUGAUGACUUGUUCACCAAUUUUCCAAGUCUGGCCACCUUGACUCUUCGCAGCUGCAGUUUAAAGGGCUCCAUCCCAUCCACCUUUGCUAACCUAACCAAGUUGAGUUAUGUCGAUUUGUCGUAUAAUUUCUUGACAGGCUCACUUCCUUGUACAUUGUUUGAAGGUCUUUCCAAUCUCAUUCAUCUGAAUCUGGGGUUCAAUUCAUUCUUUGGUAGCAUUCCCAGCUCUCUUUUUGCUCUCCCUUCAUUGUUGGAACUUGAUCUUACAUACAACCAAUUUAAUGGCACUUUUCAACUCAGCAACUUUCGAAACCUUCCCAGUCUCACGUUGCUUGAUCUAUCCGGCAAUAGCUUGUCAGUAGAUGUUGCCAACGUCAGUUCGAGUCUCAAACUAAAAGGAUUAGGCCUAGCUUCAUGUAACCUGUCCUAUUUUCCCGAUUUCAUCGUACAUUUGGAUCUGGAAAAACUGGAUCUCUCAAACAAUAGUAUUGCUGGGGAAGUGCCUAGUCGGGUUUGGGGGAAACGGCUUUGGUAUUUGGACUUGUCGUUCAAUCUUUUGGCGAAUUUGCAAAAGCCUUACCAUAUACCUGCUUCGCUUUGGCUCCUACACUUGAACUCCAACCAGCUUAGGGAAGAGUUGCAGUUGCUCAUUCCAUCUGAAUCUCAGCUUUGGUCCUUGUCUCUUGCCAAUAACAGUUUAAGUGGAACAAUUCCGACCUCCCUCGCCAAUGCCACACUCCUCGGGUCUCUUGACCUGUCUGGAAAUAAAUUAAGUGGCAGCAUACCUGCUUCUUUCCUGCUUGGAAACAUUGGUGAUCUCGAUCUGAGUCGAAACAACAUCAGUGGUAGCAUCCCGGAUAUUUUUUCUGAGGACUGUGGGCUACAAUAUGUUGAUCUCAGCAAUAAUGCUUUAGAAGGGAAGAUCCCAAAGUCGAUAGAAAGCUGCAUGUGGUUAGAGUACGUGAAUGUUGCGAACAACAUGAUCAACGACGCUUUCCCAUGCUUGCUACCAUCAUCCUUGCGUGUUCUUGUUUUGCACUCGAAUAAAUUUCAUGGGGAUUUAAGAUGCCAUAGCACUUGGCCACAUCUCAAAAUUCUUGAUAUAUCUUCGAAUCAUUUUAGCGGAAGUCUGGAAUCAGUCAACUUCUCUAGCUGGACGGCUAUGGUGCUACCGAGUGAUGAAAAUUUGAGACACAACUGGAAUUAUUACGCGCAGAGCUCUGGGAUGACACUGAUAAUGAAAAGGCAAUUGAUGGAGCUUCAUGUGAUUUGGCCAGAUUUUAGUGCCAUUGACUUGUCUUCCAAUAGUUUCUAUGGAAAUAUACCAAAUGCAAUUGGUGAGCUUAGCACACUUUAUCAUCUCAACUUAUCCUACAAUGCCCUCAAUGGAAGCAUACCAAAAUCAUUUGGUAGGUUGAGUAAUCUCGAAUCACUCGACCUCUCUGUAAACCAACUAGCAGGGCGCAUCCCGGAGGAGCUCGGAGGGCUCACAUUCCUUGCACACUUGAAUCUCUCCUACAAUAUGUUUGUUGGAGAGAUCCCAAAUGGUCGUCAAAUUCAAACAUUCUCAGCUGAUUCAUUUGAAGGAAAUUUGGGGCUAUGUGGUUUCCCUCUCGACAUAAACUGCAGUAAUAGUAAUGUACCACCACCGGGAUAUGAUGAGAAUGGGGAAGAGAAGAGGGAGAUAGAGUGGGAAUACGUGUGUGCUGCAGUUGGAUAUGUUGUGGGAGUAGGAAGCAUCGUGUGGCUGCUUUUAUUCUGUCGAAGCUUCAGAGAGAAAUACUUCGGCAAAAUAGAAGAGGUUGUUGAAGACAUGUUCAUUGCCAGAGACAUGAGAAGAAGGCGUGCAAGAAGAGCAGCAGCAGCAAGGAAUCGAGUCAGGAGACAGUAGUGUUGGGAAUGUACAUUUUUAUAAAUCUGUGCUUCCAUAUGCGUUUAAUUGUGGAAUGAAGAGAUAAUUUGUGUUGCA